AAAUAUAGUUCAUAAUUAUGUUAAAAAGUUAUGGCUUUAAAGUUUGGAAAAUGUAGUUUUAGAGCGUUCAAUAAAUGUUCAACCUAAGGUGUAUAUUGGAUUUUGGCCCCUUGUGCGGUUGUGGACCUUUUUGUAGACUUUUAUCGGGGGUGGCUACUUGAUUGCGCACCGACACAGCCGGUGUGUGAGCAGCUUCCGGCUCAUGUAAGAAGGCGCACCACCAACACUAAAACCUGCCGUGUGAAGACAUCUAGGCUUUGCCGAUGAAUAUGACGAUCAGGGAGCAAAAUAUGUUUACAAGAAGUACACUGUCUGCAAGAUUUGCCUCAUCUCUAUAUCGUACAAUGUGGGAAACAUGUCAACAUGGCCGCCCAUCUCUGACAUCAUCACCCAGCCCCGUCACCAUCUUAAAGGAAGUACAUUUCAAGAAACUACCUCUGCAACUUUAUACAUUCUGUUAUUCAUUACCAUAUAUGAUUAAUCCUCCUUAUCUGUCAACUUUGAACAGCUUUUUGUACAGGUGAGCGUGCCUACAAACAUGGUCCAGAUCAAGUUUAAACGUGGACAAAGCAGCAAGGCUUUUUCUCCCUGGAGAAAUAAGAUUACAGAGGUGGAAUUCACUGCCCGAAGAAACAAAAAGCACAAAAAUGAAAAACUUCUGGACCUGGACUUGUCUCUUCUGGCUUUGUGCAUCAGUGGUUCAGGCAGGAAAGGUGCUUGUUUUCCCUCUCGAUGGGAGCCACUGGGUGAACAUGAAAGUCAUCAUAGAGGAGCUGCAUUCCAGGAACCACCAGGUGACCGUCAUCCGACACACAGACAGUUGGUACAUCAAGGAAAACUCCCCGUUCUAUAGAUCUAUUUCUUUGGACGUUGAGUCUGGAUAUGACAAAAACUCCUUUUCUUCAUAUGUAAUUCGAUUGCUAGAAAUGCAAAGGGAAGAGUAUUCUCCCUGGAAGCACCUUCAGAUGGAAAUGGAACAAGUUAAAAAGGCCUCUGAGAUCCACAUGAAAACCCGGAAAACUCUGGAAAGUAUUUUUGAAAACAAAGAAAUGCUGCAGAUGUUAAAGAACUCCAAGUACGACCUCAUCCUGACAGAUCCGGCCAUACCAGGAGGGAUCAUACUUGCUCAUUAUUUGAAGUUGCCCCUUGUUUUUAAUGUCAGAUGGACGCCUCAUGGCGAAGGACAUUUCCUAAUCGCACCGUCUCCCCUAUCGUACGUUCCGUUAAGAGGAAUUGAGCUCUCUGACCAAAUGAGCUUCUUCCAAAGAGUCUUAAAUGUUCUUAUUUUUUGCCUCUUUCAAUACCGCUCUGAGAAAAUGGUUACACCCCAUUAUCAGGAUUUUAUAGAGAAGUAUUUAGGUUCUGAUGUCAAAUUGCAUUCUAUGUAUCAAGCUGCAGACCUGUGGCUGAUGAGAGUGGACUUUGUGUUUGAGUUCCCUCGUCCCACCAUGCCCAAUGUGGUCUAUAUGGGAGGUUUCCAGUGUAAACCUGCUAAACCACUUCCUGAUCACUUGGAGGAGUUUGUGCAGAGUUCUGGAGAACACGGAUUCAUCAUCAUGUCACUGGGAACGCUGAUUGCAGAUCUACCUGCUGACUUAGCAGAAGAGAUCGCUGCAGCUUUUGCUGAAUUACCACAGAAAGUCAUCUGGAGGCACAGAGGGAGCAGACCCUCCACUCUGGGAAACAACACUUUACUGGUUGACUGGAUGCCGCAGAAUGACCUUUUAGGACAUCCCAAGAUUAAGUUAUUUGUCAGUCAUGGUGGCACUAAUGGGAUCUAUGAGGCAAUUUAUCAUGGAGUUCCAGUUGUUGGGAUUCCAAUCAUCUUUGAUCAAGCUGACAACCUCUCCAGACUGAGGGCCAAAGGAGUGGCGCGGACAGUAGAAAUUUCUGAUCUGGAUAAGAUUAACUUUCAAGAAACCUUACAGGACGUCCUGAAUGAACCCUCCUACAGGAUGAACAUGCAGAAACUCUCCAGGCUGCACAGAGAUACGCCCAUGAGGCCGCUGGAUACUGCCCUCUUCUGGAUAGAGUUUGUCAUGAGACACAAAGGAGCUGCUCACCUGAGAACAGAGUCCUACAAGCUGCCCUGGUACUCCUACCACUCUGUGGAUGUCAUGGUGUUUCUACUAACAGCUGCUGGGCUUCUGAUGUUCUUCACCUUUGGUUUACUCUGGUUAUGUUUCAGACUUUGUUUUAAAAGCCAACAGAAACAUGAGUAAGAUAAUAUAGUUGUUAAACUUUAACCCAAAGUGAACUAUUCAUUUGGAAACAUCUGAUGGUAUGUUUGCUUGUACUGUGCUUAAGUGUGUACCUUUGAAAAGUAAUGUGGGUUGGUGAGGGGGUUGUUAAUUUGUCAUUGUAUGUUUUAUCAGUCUGAACCUGUUGUAACAUUUUGCAAUUUGUUUCACAAUUUUUCACAUUAUAAGAAAAUCAAAUGUAUGUUUCCAUUGCAUUUACACUUGUAUAUAAUAGAGAAUAAAUAAUACAGAAAAAAAAUCAAAGAUUUUUUCU